AUGCGACUGCUGGCAGUGGCAACGCUGCUUGUAGCAGCGCUUACGUCUUUAGAAACUGACGCUAGCGGCAUCAUAUGUAGCAGCGAUACCGAUUGUGCUAGUGGUGAAACGUGUGUGGCUGGUGACUCGCCACACCCGAUUCAAGCAUGUGUGGUGUUCAUAAGUGCGUGUCUGCUAAUCGCUGUGACCAAUACUUUGGAGGAGCAUCAUGCAGUGGUGGAUGCAGUGAUGAAAAUGGUGUGUUAUGCAGUGAACAAGGAUUUUGUAGCAUCAUAUCGACAGAUUCAGAUGGACGACCAAGCUUUGGAUGCACAUGCAAUGAUGGAUUUAGUGGCGACAAGUGCGAGUCCGGCUCGACUACAAGUUCCGACUCGUCAACACCAUCAAGCUUUGAUUCGAGAGGGACUACAACUUCAUCUGAUACUGAUGAUAUCGAUACAGACGACUCAACGUUGA